ACGGGUGACCACGUGACCAUGUCCCGCCUGGGCCGCCUCUGCCCCUCCCGCUCCGUGCUGCUGCUCUGUGACCUCCAGGAGCGCUUCCGGCCCCACGUGCACGCGUUCGGCCCCGUCCUCAGCGCGGCCGCGCGGCUCCGCAAGGGCUGCCAGGUGCUGGGGGUGCCGGUGCUGGUGACCGAGCAGCGCCCGGAGGCUCUGGGCCCCACGGUCCCCGAGCUGGGGGUGCAGGAUCUGACCCCGCACCCCAAGAGCUCCUUUAGUGGGGUCCCGGUGCUGGGGGCCCAGCUCAGCGCCCACCCCCACCUCAGCGCCGUCCUCCUGUGCGGCAUCGAGGCGCAGGCCUGCGUGCUGCAAACAGCCCUGGACCUACUGGAGCGGGGCCUGGAUGUGCACGUGGCCGUGGAUGCCUGCUCCUCGCGCAGCCCCAUGGAGCGGGCCGUGGCCCUGCAUCGGCUCCAGGCCAGCGGCGCCUUCCUGGGCACGAGCGAGAGCCUCCUGUUGGGGCUGCUGCGGGACAGCGCCCACCCCCGCUUCCGGCAGGUGCUGGAGCUGAUCAAGGAGCCCAUCCCUAACAUGGAGCUGCUGCAGGGGGGGCCAUGGGGGUUCUGAGCCCCACAACCACCCCCAUGGGGGUCAAUAAACGCUGCCCCUCACCCCCCCC